GAGAGAGAGAGAGCGAGAGACAGAGAUCAUUCGUUCAUGUGGAUUCACUCUCAGUGAGCUGAGCUGCAGAGUUCUAACGUUUUCAUUUCAACAGUUUUUUAAAGGAACAUUCUGUGGAUUAUAAAAUGAAGUGGACUCAGCUGCUCAGGUUUGUGCUGUUUUCACUCGUGUGUCUGCGCUCUGCUGCAACUGCUGCUGCUGCUGCUCCUGCUGCUGCUGCUGCUGCUCCUGUUGUUGCUGCUGCUGCUUCAGGUUGUGAAGGCGAGGGUUGUCGUGGACAACAGUCUGCUCUGUCUUCUUCUUCUUCUUCUGUGGUGAAAUCUAAGUCCUCUCAGGACUUCCUGGGUCAGUUGGCUCAGGUCAACUCCCCGAAUGCCGAGGAGCGUAAACACCACGACGCCGGCGCCGUCCUGCCCUUCAUCGGCCUCACGGGCAGUUCUGAACAGAGUCGCAGCUGCUGUAAAAAUGGAGGCACGUGUAUCCUGGGCAGUUUCUGCGCCUGCCCGCCGUUCUUCACCGGACGCAGCUGCGAGUACAACCAGCACGUCAGGAACUGCGGUUCGAUUCCUCACGGCGUGUGGGUCAGGAAAGGCUGCUCUUACUGCCGCUGUGGUUACAGCGUCCUGCACUGUUUCCCCAACGUCUUCCACAAAGACUGCGAUGACUCAGAGGAGGUGACGUGGUCUCACUCGUCAGCCGUGAGGACAGUUCUGGACACGUGUGUCCUGUGUGGGACACUGCUGCUUCUUCUCGUCUUCGCCCUCUGACCGUUACAUU